GCGUGUGACGCGAACAGUUGACAGUUGCUCAGGAAUUUCGAGAAUGGUGUGGUAGAAAAGAUUUCCUUCUCUUUUCUGAAAUAAAGGCGACUCGGCUUAGUGGAAUGGGUGUGUGUCACUGUCCAAGAAACUAAGACUGACAGGGAGGAGCUCUGAAUAGGGUCGGCUAAUUAUAGUACGGAACUGAACAGCCCCCAUACGAGAGGUUUUACUUGGUGAACAGCAUUCAGUUAACAUAGGAAUAGAUAGGAAGCACGCUGCUACUUAGUUCUGAGUGAAGCCUAAAAUGAUCCACCAACUCAAAUUUGCGUGAGGCAGAAAAUAGCCAGGACACGAUUUUGAAGCCGAAUUACCUGAUUAGGCUGUCAGAUUUCGGAUUUAAGUUGGAAAUCACAGCUGUUAUGCUAGCUCUUUGAGUUGGGCUGAUAUGGCCUCGGAGCAGAAUUCUGCAGUUUUUCUGGAAUGCACAUAAUUGCCCAAUAUCUGGCCAAAUUCAGUCAUGGAGGAAAUAAACUGUCUGUCCCUCUGAGGUGAGAGUCUCUACACAUAGAGCUCGUGAUGAAAGCUCUCGGUGCGCGCUCCGCGUUUUAUGUGGGCUUUGUGGUAGGCACGUGCACCCUGUACGUGCUCCUGCGUCAGGUUGGAUUCACACGGGACUUGGGGUCUCGUGAGUCCGAGGCCCACGAGAAAAGCCUGCUGGAGAUGGUUAAAGAAGAAAACAAGAACUGGAAGAAGGAGAGAUUGGCUCUCUUCAACCUCAAUCAUCCUCACCAUACAGGUGAGGAUGGCACACUGGCUGACACUCUCUAUAAGCAUGUACGCAUAUUGUGUUGGGUCAUGACUGGCCCUAAUAACCUUGAGAAGAAAGCUCGGCAUGUGAAAGCCACAUGGAGCCGCCACUGCAACAUUGUGGUCUUUAUAAGCUCUGUGGAUGACCCUGAUUUUCCCACGGUUGGCCUAAACACCAAGGAAGGUCGGGAUCAGCUCUACUGGAAAACCAUUCGUGCUUUCCACUAUGUCAUGGACAAGUACGGGGAUGAGGCAGACUGGUUUCUCAAAGCAGAUGACGACACUUACGUGAUCGUCGACAACCUGCGCUGGAUUCUGGCCAGCCACUCUCCAGAGGACCCGGUGUAUUUUGGCCGGCGGUUUAAGCCGUACGCAAAACAGGGCUACAUGAGUGGCGGCGCAGGUUACGUGCUGAGCAAAGAGGCUCUUAGGAGGUUUGUAGAAGGCUUUCGCACCAAAGUGUGCACUCACACUAGCUCAGUGGAGGACCUAGCUCUGGGUCAGUGUAUGGAGAAGGUUGGUGUUGUGGCAGGAGACUCCAGAGACACCUUACAAAGAGAGACAUUCCAUCCUUUCGAACCAGAGUCCCAUCUCACUGGCACAUUUUCUAAGACCUUCUGGUAUUGGAACUACUGUUAUUACCCCAUUGUGCAGGGCCCACAGUGUUGCUCAGACCUGGCCGUCUCUUUCCACUAUGUGAAUCCAUCACUCAUGUACCUGCUGGAAUACUACACUUACCACUUGCGUGCCUUUGGCUACAAAUAUCGCUAUCAGCCCUCUGAACCCAAUGUCAUACAAGACUUCAAUGCCCCAGCCCCAGGCAAAGUGGAAAUCGGAGACAUAGAGGAAAAGCUGGGGGUAGAAGAACAGGAAGGAGAAAAGAAAUCCCCCCGAACUUAAUGAAAAGUUAUAGCAGCUUUUUGCAUAGGAAUUUAAAAUCUUCAUCCAAAAGAACUGUUUUUGGGAUGCCUUUACAUUUUUUGGAUAAUGUCUUAUUUGUGCCACAGAAAUGUGUGCAUGACAUGUUUGUGGAUUUAAUGAACUGCUACCGUUUGGGAGUCUGUUCUUCUUUGUAAUGCAUUUGUAUGUGAAUGUUUAAAUAUUUAUGACAGUGCAGAAUUGGAUGAAAUGAAGGUUUAGACUUGUA